AUGGUUACUUUGAACUCCUAUAAUCUCACCUGGUGGGUCUAUACAAAUAAUCAGCUGCGCUCAAUCAAAGACUUGGCUCCCGUAACCGAGUGCGAGAUCAACAGCCUAGAGGAAUACAAUCAACGGAGGCUGACGCCAGCAACGCCGUCCCUAAUAUCUCAAUGGCAGUGGGGUUUCGUUUGUCUAGGACUUUACCUUGGUGCUCUACUGUACGGACUCGACACAACUAUCUCUGCCUCAGUGCAAGGUCCUAUUCUGGCUUCUCUUGGUGAGAUCGAGAAGUUGGCAUGGGUUGGAAUCGGGUUUCCCCUGGGCUCUGUAUCUGUCAUCCUUCUAUUAGGUUGGUGCUACACGGUCUUCGAGAUUAAGUAUCUUAUGAUUGGUUCCAUCGUUGGAUUUGAAGCUGGCAGUGCCAUUUGUGGUGCAGCUCCUAAUAUGAAUGCGAUGAUUUUGGGCCGGGUUAUAGCGGGAAUCGGCGGCGCCGGUAUGUAUCUUGGGGGCUUGACGUAUAUCUCAGUCUUUACUUCUCUCAAAACCAGACCUCUCUACAAUGCACUUAUUGGACUUUGCUGGGGAUUGGGCUGUAUCUUGGGGCCAAUCAUCGGAGGAAGCUUCUCAGUCUCUUCUGCAUCCUGGCGCUUUGCAUUUUACAUCAAUCUUCCUCUCGCUGCCCUGCUCUCUCCAGUCUAUAUCUUCCUGUUCCCAAAGCACAAUGCACAACCCCAGACCCCUGGACCGACUAAACUCGCUCGAAUCGACUGGGUUGGCGCGGUACUCAACGCCACAGUCUUCACGCUCUUCCAAGUUGUUCUCACCUUCGCCGGAAGCACUUGGAAGUGGAAUCAAGCUGGACCCAUCGCUCUUUGGGUAGUAUUUGGUGCUUCGCUCAUCACGUUCGUCGUACAACAAGUCUUUUCCUUCUUCACAACGCCCGAAAGACGGAUAUUCCCUAUCCACUUCCUAAAAUCCAGAACCCAAAUCCUUCUUUACACCAGUACGGCAGCCUCAUCGGCAGGGCUAGUGAUAGCGGUGUACUACCUCCCGCUCUUCUUCCAAUUCACACGCGGAGAUUCGGCGAUCCGUGCCUCCGUCCGUCUCCUCCCAUUCAUCACAGUCACCGUCUUCUUCAUCAUGUUCACCGGCGGCCUGCUCCCAAUCCUCGGCCGCUACUCACCACUGUACGUCAUCUCCGGGGUCUUCCUACUCAUUGGAAGUUCUCUCAUGCACACAAUCCAUAUCGGCACAGCCACAGGCGCGAUCUACGGUUACGAAGUCCUGGCGGCGAUCGGAAUCGGCGCGACAAUGCAAGUAGCGUACUCCGUCUCUGUCGCCAAAGUCAAGCAUCACGACACCCAGAACGCAAUUGGGUUUAUCAACGUCGCUCAAAUUGGAACGAUGGCCAUUGCACUGUCUAUCGCUGCAUCGAUUUUCCAGAAUCGCGGGUUGAUCAACUUGAAGGAGGCGCUGCAGGGCUAUGGGUUUAGCGAGCAGGAGCUGAGGGGUGCGCUCGCGGGAGCGCAGAGCGCGGUGCUUAUGGGUGGUGAUAUGGUGGUGAAAACUAAAGCUGUGGAGGCGAUUAUCAAGACGAUGAACAGUAUUUGGAUCAUCCCGAUUGUUGCUGGGGCGGUGAGUUUUGUUAGUGGAGCGCUGAUGAAGUGGGAAAAGGUGGCUUUGACCACGACCAGCGCAUAAAUACGAUGUGGGAGUGACGAGUUUAGAUACAAGUAAUGGCAGAGGAAGUUGUGGUGCACAUUCAGCUCUGGUCCAUAUAUCGCACAAUAAUUG